GGCUGGAAUGCCAACUGCAAGCGCUGGCCUCCCAGAAUAGAGACAGCAUAUAGAGCUCGCGGUAGCUCUCAUGGUAAUAGAUCUGGGCGCUAAAAAUCUCCGAUUGUUGCAGAAUGCUUCCUAAGCUGCAAGCUAAAACACCCGGGCGCGUAGAGAAGUACAGAAAAAGAAAGACCGUCAGGAGCAAGUUGGCGGUUGGAUAUUGAUGGAAGUAGAUCUCAGGCCUGUGAUUGGUCGUCGCUGUGAAUGUUCUGCGGACUUGAAGCUCUUCGCCGAACGACGGUGUUUUAGCAGUCCAGCAACUCGCCAGUUUCACAUCAUGUUCUCCCGGCUCAUGCGGCCGCAGAGUGCUCUGCGUGCGGCUUCUGCGAUUCCCAAGAAACCCUGCCAGACACGAGCAUUGCACGUUGUUCCGCAGUUGACGUACCAAUCCCAAUUCGAAAGCAAUGGAAUUGAAGGGUUGUUGUCGAAUGAUGCAUUCGAUUGGUCAUGGAACCAGUACCAGAGUCUCAUGGUCGAAAAGCUCAACCUUAUGACCCAGGAUACCCCUGAUGCCGAAUUGAAACCCUACGAACUUAUGUUCAAGUACUCCCGUCAUGCCGAAAUGGCGUCCGUAUUCAACCAUGCCUCGAUGGCUCACAACAACCACUUUUUCUUCAACUGCCUGAUCCCCGCCGACUUCGAAAAAGACAUCAACGACACGUGCUCCUCGGUUGAAUCAUUGAAGCUCGACUUCUUAGCCACGGCCAACGCCAUGUUCGGUCCUGGUUUCGUGUGGCUGGGCAAGAACUUGGAGAGGGAAGGGUUGAUGCACAUCUUCUGCACGUAUAACGCCGGCUCGCCGUACCCGGCGACGUAUGCCCGGAGACAGUCUGUCGAUAUGGCCACCCACACCCGCGAUGCCCCUCUUGGUAACCAAUACGCCGGUUCCAUGGGUGCUCAUUCUGCGAACCAGAGAAGCCUGGCACCGGGUGCUGUGGACGUGCAUCCCAUUCUGUGCGUGAACACCUGGGAACAUGUGUGGUUGAUGGACUACGGUGUUGCGGGCAAGGCUGAGUACCUGGAGCGGUGGUGGAGCCGGAUCAACUGGGAGGUUGUGCAUGACAACUUCCGGGCCGUGAAUGCGAGGAAGAGGUCUGGUACUAGCCGGGAGCGCACUUUGGACUUCACACGAUGAAUCAAUUGAAAAAACGCCGGAAUGAGUUGUGAUGUUCUAUCUUGAUUGUAUUAUAUCUACAUGUUUUCUUUCGUCUUAUGGUCUA